AUGGCUCCAAAGCAAAAAAGUAAGAAGAUGGAUUUAGGUGAAUUCUUAGCCGAUGAUUCCUUCGGAGGAUCCUGGGCAGACACCGAAAUCGACAUGGGCAGCGUCGGUGUAGGUCUCACCACCGAAGCACCUAUCGGUAACAUUGCAGCCGGUGGUAGCGGAUGGGGUGAAGGUGAUUCUUCUACCUCAAAAUGGGGUGGUAAUGAUGAAGGUGGAUUCCGUUCCAACAGACCAGAAAGAAAAGAAUUCCCAAUUCCGGAUGUUCCUCCAUACAAAGCCCGUAUUGGUAAUUUACCUUGGGAAGCUGAUGAAGAAAAAAUCACAAGACAUUUUGAAAGUAGAAUGCAAGCUCAAGGUAUUAUUACCGAUGUUGGAUUACCUGUAGAUCAAGAAACUGGGAAAUUAAGAGGGUUUGGAUUUAUUACUUUUACUGAACGUGGAUUAUUAGAAGAAGCAUUAAAGUUGAAUUAUAGUGAAUUUUUGGGUAGAAAGAUUUUCGUUAGUGUUGCUGCUCCACCUAGAAAUGAUGCAUUUGAUGGUGAUUGGAGAUCUGGAGGAAGAGGUCCUAUGAAACCUAGAAGAGAAGAAGUAGAUUUGGAUUGGGGUGCUGCUAGACAUUCUCAAGCUAUUUUACCACCAAGAGAACGUGGUGACAGAGGUGGAUUUGAAAGAGGUGAAAGAUCCGAAAGGCCGCCAAGAAGAGAAGAACCAGAUUUAGAUUGGGGUAGUGCUAGACACAGUCAUGCCACUUUACCACCAAGAGAACGUAGUGACAGAGGUGAAUUUGAAAGAGGUGAAAGAAGUGAAAGACCACCAAGAAAACAAGAACCAGAUUUAGAUUGGGGUGCUGCUAGAUCCACUCGUGCUGCAUUACCUCCAAGAGAAGAUAAACCACAUCAUGAAAGACCAUAUAGAUCAAAAUCAAACAGAGAAGAAAAAGAAUUGGAUUGGACAAGAGCACCAGCUCAAGAACAUAAACCAUAUAGAUCAAAAUCAAACAGAGCUGAACCAGAAUUUGAUUGGAGUAGAGGUCAAGCUUUACCACCUAGACAAUCAAAGGCUGCAGCUUCUCCUGUUACUCCUGCUAAAGAAAAGAAGGAAGCUCCAGCUGGUCCACAAAAAUCUUCAUAUAGUGUUUUAGCUGCUCUUGAAGGUGAUGAUGACUCUGAAGAUGAAGAAGAAGAAACUGUACCAAGCAAGGAAGAAGACAAGGAGGUUGAACAAUUAGAAUCUGCUACUUCUAAAUUAUCUGUUGGUGAAUCUAAUGAUGAUGGCUGGGAAGUUGUUCAUAUUUAUCAACCUCCAAAACCUACACCCAUAGAUAACUUGCUAUCGAUAUAUGGAUUAGAGCCGAUUGCAAAAUCCCUAGCCAGAACAAACCCCGAUGGAUCCAAGGGCGUUAAAUUAAGAAAAUCAUACAAAAAUCAUAUCCAAGACCUACCCGGAAAACAUCAAAUAUCAAGUCUGAAACCAAUCCCACCAGGAUUAUUAGAUCCUAAUGUUGGACAAAAUCCAGAUAUAAUAAAACAAUUAGAUCCAGAAUUAUUGAAUAGAGCUUUAAAAUUUGAGAAAACUCCUAUAAAUGGGAUUCCUGGAUUUAAUACGGUUGAUUUAGCAAUUAAUGAUCAACAAAUGUUGAUGAGAGGGGAUGAUAUGUCGGAGAAUGAUGAAUAUGGAUCUAAGAAGAAUAAGCGUAAGAAGAAGGUCCAGAAUGGAGUAGAAACAAAGAGACAGCAUAUAUAA